GGCGGGCGAGUCAUCGCGCGUCCAGGCGCCGAGCGGAGGCCGGGAGAAGUUCGUGGGCCAUGGCUUCCAAACUCCUGCGCGCGGUCAUCCUCGGGCCGCCCGGCUCGGGCAAGGGCACCGUGUGCCAGAGGAUCGCCCACAACUUCGGCCUCCAGCAUCUCUCCAGCGGCCACUUCUUGCGGGAGAACCUCAAGGCCAACACGGAAGUUGGUGAUGUGGCAAAGCAGUACCUAGAGAAAGGACUUUUGGUUCCAGAUCAUGUAAUCACUCGCCUAAUGAUGGCAGAGCUGGAAAUCCGGAGCAGUGAACACUGGCUACUAGACGGCUUUCCAAGGACAUUAGUACAGGCUGAAGCCCUGGACAGAAUUUGUGAUCUGGAUCUAGUGAUCAGUUUGAACAUUCCAUUUGAAACACUGAAAGAUCGCCUCAGCCGACGUUGGAUUCACCCUUCUAGUGGGAGGGUGUAUAACCUGGACUUCAAUCCACCUCAGGUGCAGGGAAUUGAUGACAUCACUGGAGAGCCACUAGUCCAGAAAGAGGAUGAUAAACCCGAAGCUGUUGCUGCCAGGCUAAGACGGUACAAAGAUGCGGCCAAGCCAGUUAUUGACCUGUACAAGAGCCGAGGAGUACUCCACCAGUUUUCUGGGACCGAAACUAACAAAAUAUGGCCUUACGUUUACACACUUUUCUCAAACAAGAUUACACCUAUUCAGUCCAAAGAAGCAUACUGAGCUGCUCUCAGAGGAACCAAGCAAACAUGGUCAUUCAUUCAGUCAUGUGUGUAGUGUUGGGGCAAUGUGCAAAUCAGAAGCCAGCUGAGAUUGCAGUAUUUUUCCUAGUUUAAAUUAUAAGGUUAUAGUGAGGAGACAAGAGUUCAUGAAGAAGCUGUCUUCUGCCCUGGAGAAGGGGACUCUGCACAUGUAUUAUGCCCUUCAGACAAAACUAGUACAGGCUGGAUUUCCAAUGGUGUCUAACCUAACCCCUAGCUGGGGGUUGACAGGAAUGUUGCUAUUGUUGCCCUUGCAUGCCAUGGUGGGGAUCUAUGGUUCUCCGUACUGUCCAGAGGGUGUUGAACCACAGCACUGAUAUGGUAAGCCCAAGAAUGCCAAGGACUCAAGGUCUUGGCUUUGUCCUGGUUCUCUGCCAUGUCUGUUUGUGACAAUUGAAUUUAUGCUAAUUGUACUCAGUGGUUACUUCUCUUCAGUGAUUGUGUCCACAUUUCUUUUUCCUAGUAGGAAUCAUGUGUCCCUCUUAGACAUCCUGGUUUUUGUGGAUUGUAUUUUGUCAUAUUUGUUUGCUUUCUUGCUAUUUAGUAACACUAAUAGUUACUGCAUUUAUCCCUGUAACCUCUUCCUAUGAAUUGAGAGCUGGAGGACUGGAGUGACUGCCUUCAAGCAUAGGACCUAAGCUGGGCUAAUGGGCUUUCUUUAAACAGCUGCUCUGACUCUGGGGCCCACUCUGUAUGUUUUAUUAUGAAAAAAAAAAAAGAGAUUCCCCAAAGGUCUUUGGGAAUUAGAAAUGUGUGGCAACAGUAGAUUCAUGUCUUAUAUAUAGAAGUAGUAAAAAGGCACAUGGAAUUGCUAAAUUUUGUACAUGCUGCUAGAUAUUAAUGCUGACAAGUGUUUUUCUCUCAUGAGAAACCCAAGCAGAUGAUAAUGAAGGGAGCAGAGCCUGGAGUGGAAAGACUGCUACACUAGGUGUGCCUACACUGAGUACAUGACUGAAAGACAAAAUCUUCUUUUUUUUUUUUUUCCUUCUGUUUCCAAACAGUCUAUGGGUGGCCAUGAAGUCCAGAAAUAAAGAUCCUAGUAUUUCAUUA